UGAGGAAGCCGAAGCAGGAGCGACAGCGGCGGAGGCGGCGGCGCCGAGAAGGGGCGCGAGGGCCGCCGGCGCCGCAGUAGCCGUUUUCGCCGCGCUCCCGAGGAGGCCGCGUGCGGAGAGAGCCGCCGGGGCCGCUGCACGGGACGGGCUCUGCGCCAUGGACUCGCGGGGGCCGCCCGCCGGGGUCGCGGCCGUGCCGCCGCCCGCGCACCCGCCGCCUCAGCCGCGGGAGUACAAGCUGGUCAUGCUGGGCGCCGGCGGCGUCGGCAAAAGCGCCAUGACCAUGCAGUUCAUCAGUCAUCGUUUCCCAGAAGAUCAUGACCCCACUAUUGAGGAUGCUUACAAAAUGCGAAUAAGGAUUGAUGAUGAACCUGCUAAUCUGGAUAUCUUGGACACGGCAGGCCAGGCCGAAUUUACUGCCAUGAGGGACCAGUACAUGAGGGCAGGUGAAGGAUUCAUCAUCUGUUACUCAAUCACGGACCGCCGAAGCUUCCAUGAAGUGCGUGAGUUCAAGCAGCUUAUUUACCGUGUUCGGCGGACGGAUGAGACUCCAGUUGUCCUCGUGGGGAACAAGUCUGAUCUAGCCCAGCUUAGACAGGUCUCGAAAGAAGAAGGCUCUGCCCUGGCACAAGAAUUUGGCUGCCCUUUCUUUGAAACUUCAGCUGCUUUUCGCUACUACAUUGAUGAUGUGUUUCACACACUUGUCCGUGAAAUCCGGAGGAAGGAGAAGGAAGCCGUCAUGGCUUUGGGGAAGAAAUCUAGGCCCCGAGCGAGUGUGUGGAAAAGGCUGAAAUCUCCGUUCCGGAAGAAAAAGAAUUCUGUGACAUGAAUAGAAAACUUCCUUCAGCCAAAGAACUGCACGGAGCACGAGAGAACCAAGGCAGCCCUCGAGCCUUGUGCUUGUUUCUGCUGACUGUAUUAAUUGAAAUGCUGUGGUGUGUUUAAAAAUUUGGAGUAAGAUUCCUCAGUGAAGCAGUUUUACCCUGGCCUUGAGACUUGUCGCACUGCAGCGUGUCCUUCAAAUUUCCAUUAAUACGUCUCUUGCUGAAGAAGACUUGGCAAAAGGUGCUGUUCCAGAGGGCCAUGCAAAUAAGUACAAAACGUGUAACCAGCUUGCUUGCCCACCCACCCAUAUUUCAUGCCUCUCAGGGUGGGUCAAGAGUUGAUCGGACAUUUGUUGUUGCCAGUCCCCUUGAAUUUGCGUGUCCUUGUAUUCAGAAGGUUAGAAACUGAGUUCAAAUUGUGGGAGUGUGCUAUAAAACAGUAAAAUGGUCAGAUCUUUUUAUCAUGUUUUUCUGCUCAGUUGUUAGGUUCCUCUUGGGUUGGGAGCAGGCAGCAGAAUAUUGCAAGCGAACCAUUGAAACAGAGUGCACCUUUGACGAUUAAUCUUGCCUAGUCGUGUGGCCUAUUAGACCAGCUUCUAAGAGUGUGCAGUUCCUGCUGUCACUGUACUUAUACACUCCAUAGGUGUAAGCGAUUCUGUUUCACAACUUUCUAAUACUGUUUUACUUUUUACAGAAAAAUGUUACUGGUUUUCCCUCCCAUGUGUGCGUAGUGGCGGGAGGGAAGUAGAUUGUGAAGGAUUAACUGCAUGUAAUUUGCACCACUUUCCUGAGGCUGUGAUCCUGAUACCGUAUAUAGAAAACUGCAGGACGAGCCAUCUUUUGGGAAGUUCCCAUGUCUCCUUUUGUGGAAUGAGGUUUAUAGGGAGGCAGUUGAACUGGGAAUAAUGGUGGAAUGUGGAAGUUGGAGACUGGUUGGGUCAAGUGGCACUUCUUGCAAUGUGGUCAGUGAGAAAUCAUGGCUGGAAAUGGAUUUUCUGAUGCUCGGCGAGCCGUUCGGUGGCAGCGCGUGUAUUUUGCAUGGGGCAGGCCCAGGACUCACUGCUGGAAUCCCCACCUUGCGGAAGGUUUCCGGCAGCCGGGCUGGGAAUGCCCCCCGUGGCUGGAGGGCCGUUGGUACUCAAAGAGGACGAUGCUGGGCCAGGUAGAUAAAUGAAGGGUCUCAUUCAGAACUGAGCUGCACAUACUUGCAGAACAGUCCUUGGGUUUAGUUUAAGGUGUGUGGGUCACGCUUUGAGCACGUGCGAUGAGCAGUGCACAGUUGCAUUGGUGCCAGUAGUCAGGGAAUGGUUUUUGUAAUGUGACAUUUUGCGGUGCAGAGGAACACUUACAAGGGAGGGUAAGAGGAGGUGCUCUUCAGGACUCAAUCCUAUACUUGAAAUGUAGCAAAUGAGACAGGGAAGCCCAUGCCAUUUCUGGCAACUUUCCUGCACUUUCCUCAUGCAAGAGGAGUGCUUUGGGAAGUUACAAUGUCUGAAUUUGACACCUAGGUGCCAUUCCAAAAUCUCCAAGCCAGUCUUUAAAAAAUAGUAUUUUGGUGUCAAGAAUAUGCAAUUCUUCGUUUUAGAAAGCCAAGUGCCUCUGGCUUAAGCAUAAUAACUCUUGGCAGGUUUCAGCCCUGGCUCCAUUCUUUUUUGGGUGUUGGCCAUGAUACUAGUGUGUGGUAGUUUUUGGGAAGUAAAGUUGGAUGGUUUAAAGAGGGAAAAGGUUAGGACAAAAACCAGUCAGCUGGAUACAUCAAGAAUUUAGAUUUCCUGCCAAGUUUUUCUGCUUGCUGUCUCAUCUAAAGAGAAAUAAUUAAACUUGUUACUUCAUAGAAAAUUAAACAAGCAAUAAUAAAAUAUUGGCAUUUAUUAAGUUCUUCUGGCUUAAUAUUUUAAUGCCAAAUAGUAUCAAUUAUAGCAUUUUUAAAUAUAUAUAUCUUAGCAGCAUUACAGACUCUUCUGAGCAUCAGCUGGUGAUGGGAGAAUCACAUUCCAUUUAGCAAGAAAGAUUUUGAAUGUAUUCUAUUGACUGUAGCAAUAUAUGGUGUAUUUAUAUUAGUGAAUUAACUUAAUGAACAGGGCUGGCUUACAUUCCCUACCUACUAAUCUAGGAGCAGAUUAAAAGUAUAAUUUAAUGUGUUUUGAUUAGUGUUGGAUUAAAUACUGUUGGAAUCUGGUGGAUAAAUAACAAAUAUAUGAAUAUUUUAGUUCAGCCUUCCCCUGCAGAUGUUUUCCUGUCAGACCCAAACAACUGUCAGGAGUGCGCAGAAGUGUAGGUGAGAACAUUGGAAGCCCCCAGGUCCGGGAAGGCUGGGGUAGUUCAGGGGACGGUUGGGCAAGAAAAGAGAAAUAAUUUGCUUUAAUGUUCAAGCUCUCUCAUCUUCAAGUCAAGAUUACUUGAAACAAAAGGGUAAUGAUUGCAAUUGAUUCCGAACCUGCAGCUUAACUGGGUGAAGCUAGACACCUGCCAUUUUGGGAAAGGGCAAACGGUUGUGCCUUAAAUUCAUGCUUCUGCAGAAUUCAGUGUUGUGUGGUGCUAUGUGUGAGCCCCUCUCAUCCCAAUGACAUCUGAAUAGUAAGCACUUUCCUGUGGUCACAAUUCUGUUUCACUUAUACAUUUGAACACAACAAAUGCAGAUUGUAUUCAAUAUAAUAAAUAAUUAGUUUUUAAA